AUGAAAAACUGCGAGUAUCAGCAAAUCGACCCGCAUGCACUUCCGACACCAACACCGACCCCUCCACCUCACCAUGGGAGCGACGGCGACAAGAAAGAGGAGCCGAAGAGACCGAGGAGAAAGUGGGAAGUUUUCCCCGGGAAGAAUCGCUUCUACUGCGAUGGACGGAUCAUAGUGGCCCGGCAGAGUGGGGUCUUGCCCCUCACUCUGGGCCUUAUUCUCGUCACAAGUGGAUUAUUCUUUAUAUUUGACUGUCCGUUCCUGGUCAAACACCUGACCAGCUGCAUACCUGUCAUUGGUGGAGGCCUCUUUGUAUUUGUGGUCAUCACCCUGCUCCAGACCAGCUUCACUGACCCCGGCAUCCUGCCCAGAGCAACGCCAGAUGAGGCCGCAGACAUUGAGAAACAGAUCGACAACACUGGAAACACCAGCUAUCGGCCUCCGCCGCGCACCAAGGAAGUCCUCAUCAACCAGCAGGUGGUGAAGCUCAAGUACUGCUUCACCUGCAAGAUGUUCCGGCCUCCGCGCACCUCCCACUGCAGCCUGUGUGACAACUGCGUGGAGCGAUUCGACCAUCACUGCCCUUGGGUAGGGAACUGUGUGGGGAAACGCAACUAUCGUUUCUUCUACACCUUCAUCGUGUCGCUCUCCUUCCUGACGGCGUUCAUCUUCGGCUGUGUGACCACACAUCUAGCGCUGAGGGCUCAAGGGGGAAAAGGCCUGGUGUUUGCUCUGCAAGAGAGUCCGGGCAGUGCGGUGGAGCUGGUGAUAUGUUUCUUCUCAGUCUGGUCCAUCUUGGGCCUCUCAGGCUUCCAUACAUACCUGGUUGCUUCUAACCUGACCACUAAUGAAGACAUCAAAGGCUCCUGGUCAGGGAAGAGUGGCGAAGAUGUCACCAACCCAUACAGUCAUAAAAACAUCUUCAUCAACUGUUGCACUAUGCUCUGCGGACCCAUGCCACCCAGCUUGAUCGACAGAAGAGGUUUCCUGCCCGCGGAUGAAUCUGUCCAGACAGCCGGCCCGGACAUCGAGUUGCCCACUCUGGCCACUAAAAGCGAAAUAAACGUGUGCACACAGGGAACUAAAGGUCUGCUGGAGUCGGCCACUCGCUCCCCGCUCCUGUCCACCUCGUGUCCUCAGGGGAAACCUCAGACAGCUCAUAGCUGCCCAGACAACAGCCCCACAGUGAACUCUGACCCCUCCCCGGAGCUCUCCGCGAGAUGCGGGUCCCGCCAUACUGCUAGCUCUCAAGGCGAUACCUCCCCUCGGCGUCACACCAAGUGUCGCUCAAAGAAAAGUAAACGAGCGGCUUUGCAUAUUCCCAACCCUGCCUUCGAUGUCCCUGUCUCCCCUACCUCUCCGGACGCCGGCCCCAGCUCCGAAGCCAGGGGCCACAAAGGUGUCAGCUUCUCCCCUUUGCACUGACUGACUUGACUGACGGCGUUCUCAAGUGAAAACACACAUUGUUUGAAGCUUGCAUGCUGUAACACAGUCAAAUACAAGUGGUAUGAAUUUAAAAAAAAAAGUUCUUUAUUGUUUGUUGGUUCUCUGAAGGUCAUUGUGUCAGAGGAUGACAAUCACAAAGAAAUGUAAUUGUGUGACCAAUUUGCAGUGGAAAUAGGAACAUUAGAGCAGACUAGAUGAAGAUUAUUCUGGAUGCAACUUGGUGCAGAAUGAAAAGCAUGUGAAAAGAUGAAAGGAACUGUGAGGAGAUGGAGGAACUGGUGUACUGACAGAGCCAUAUGUCUUUCUGAUGAUUCUCAUGUAAAAUGUGAAUUUUACCAGCAUGUCAGAUCCAUCAAAUAUUGUGAAAUAGUGGCUUUGAUGUAUCAGGUGGAGAAACUCUGGGAGCUUGAAAAGCUUCGUACAGUGAGCUAAAGCUCAGGAUGUGUAUGCAUCUGUGAGUAGAAAAGUUGCGUUUAAAGGGAAAGUCCAUCACAAAUAUAGAAUUCACAUAUGUCAUUUCUAUAACAUUGUGCUGCUGAGUUUAUAGUGUGAACAUGAGCCAGUUUCUCCGUAAACUGAACAGCAGAUCGGCAGUUUGUACCGAUGAUGUCAUUCUGAGACAUAUAGGCAGUGAAUAAGGGAAUAAUGGCAGCCUUGGAGUAUUUUCAAGGCAAUGGGGACCUUUUGUUAUUCAUAUCUGAAAGCUCUUAAUCUGACAAGUAUGCCUACUUGACACAAUGGAUGAGCCCUUAUCCCUUUUCAAAGGUCCAGUGUGUAACAUUUAAGGGGCUCUGAUGGCAGUAAUGGAAUAUGAUAUUCAGAACUGCGUUUCCAUUAGUGUAUGAUCACCUGAAUAUAGGAAUAUUUUUUUGUUGUUACCUUAAAAUAAGCCGUGAGCAUAACAAUCUGCACUGAAAGACUGUAAUGGGCCUUAAAACUAGAAAAAAAUGCCAAAGAUUUAAGCAAGUUGUGUUUAUUACAAGCAAUGAAAACUUUCUUAAAAUAAGUAUUUUGGGCGCUUUAUUGAUCUGAAUU